AUGUCUAACAAUAUUUUUUUAAAAAACUCAAAUGAAUUUAAAAAACCAUCACCAUCACCAUUAACGGAAUUUGCUGAUAGUGGUGUUGCCAGUCGUUUCACACCAUUAUCAUCAGCAAAUAACCGUAAAUUAAAUACAAAUCACGAUGAUGAUGAUGAUUAUCAAUCAAUAUCAACUGAAUAUCACUCAGUUUCAUCUAUUAGCAAACCGGAACUCAGAUAUAAAACAUGUGUGCCAUAUAUGCAAUAUUCAAAUUGUCUGAUAACUUAUCUUGAUCAUCCAUCGGCUAUAUUUAUUCAAAUAGGUCAGGAUGGUGAACGUUUUCAACAAAUGCAUCAAGAUCUGAAUCGAUAUUAUAUGGAUAAUAUCAAUAGUUAUUCAAAUAUCUCCACAAAUAUUUUUAAUAUAGGCGAUUUUUGCGUUGCUUAUUCAACUCGAUAUUUCGAAUUUUUUCGUGCACGAAUUUUAAAUAUUGAUCAUGCAAAUCAACAAUUUUUGAUUAUAUAUGUCGAUUUUGGUAAUUCUGAAUGGGUACACAUAAAAAGUAUUCGUCCGCUUCAUACGGAAUUUGCUGAAUUAGAAAUUCAAUGUAUUCCUGUCACUCUUUCUCAUAUUCUUCCAAAAAAAGAUUCGAAAACUGGUUCAAUCGAAUGGAAUACAGCAACUGGUAAAGAAUGUACACGAAGAUUACGUCGAUUAUUAAUUAAACCUGAAAGUGAACCAUUUUUAUUUGUAUCUGUAAUAUUUUUAUCGAAUGAAAUGUGGUGGCCAUUACCUUUUGUUGAUAUCAAAGUUGAUGGGCAGGAUUUAGCUGAAAUACUUCAUAAUGAUGGAUUUGCUCGUCUUACACGUAAUAAUAAAGAAUUGAGAAUGAUUUAUCCGAAUUUCGGUAAUCAUCCUAACGAACAUUUGAUUUUUAACAUUCAAUCAUCGAAACAAAUUCAAAAUCGUUGUCGAUAA